UGUCACAUGAAAGAAUUUGUCAAAAUAUUCAAGUGACACGUAACUUCACAAUAAAUUAAUUAAAUUUCAUUUUUGUGACCUCCAAAUGUGUAAAUUACUGAAAAUUUGUGUUUCUACCGCUAAAUAGCUUAAUGACAAUAUGUCCGAUAAAGGUUUCGGUGACCCAGCUGGUCGGGGCGUGUUGAAAAACCCAUUGCUUUCAACAGCAGUGACUGGUCUUUCCAUCGAGGACUUGACACACAACGCUGUCUUGCUGCCCGUCGUGCGAAGCCAGGACUUGAUUACCAGCCGAGAUCAAUCAAGUGGGCCCCAGGACAGUACCCUGAGGAACUCGGAACCAAAACUGACCAAUAUAAUAACGAGCGACAUUAAUUCUAAUCUGACACCGUCUAAUAUAACCCCAAGCAUCACACCAAGCCUCUCAGGCACAAAACAAGAUGACAACUAUCCCAAAAUCAAUUAUCCCCCGACAUCGAGCAUAUCGAAUGCCUCCGCAAAGUCCGCAGACGAUUUUGAUGUCAAUGAAUAUUUUGCUAGGCUCCAAGGAACUAGAUAUGUUAGCGCUCCCAUAAACAGUCUCAUCAAAGAAGACAGCAAUGCAAGCCUUGAAGCAACAGAGGAGAAUUUGGAAGAGAUUAACCUAAAUGAGCCAGAUAAAAGUCUAGAAGUCCAACAAAGUUUGACCGCUGAUAUAGCUCAGAAUUUCUCACAAUUGCCAACGGUUUUGCCUCAAGUUGCCAGUGCAGUAUUUAGUUCUUUCUCUAAUAUGUUGAGUAUGAAGGGCAGGGAACAGACUCCCGAUGAUCCGAAGGUACAGCCAGGACAUCAGGUGCCGCUUCAGAGGGAAGAGAUCAAUGUUCCAUUGAUGGGCGUUGAUGAGCCUGUCAAAGAUGUGGCGCCUCCGCCAAAGGAGCCUCCUAUCGGUGGUACCUCAAACUAUCGGAUCACUACGAAAAAGAAAGCGUAUGCCCAAAUACCUGGCUUAAGUUCCCGUGACAGCGCACAAGGCAAUCCAUACCCACCAAGUCAUAACGUUCCAUUUAUACCACUUAAUCUUCACAUCACUGAUUAUCAAAAUCAACCACCAACAACUGAUUAUAUGAAACCUGAACAUCUAGUAGAUAAUAAACAAAAGGAAAUUGAUAUGUUUAAUCCAGUGUCUGUUUCUACGUAUAAUGUUGAAUGUAGUCUUCAAGCACCAAGCAACAAACAGCCCAAUUAUUCACAAAACAAAACCGCUUUUGAUUUAAAUGCCGAUCAAGCUGCAAGCAAUACUCAGCCUAAUUGUUUUACACACAAGGUUGAAUCUGUUCCUCAAGUAUCAGAAGGAUUUGAAUCACGUAAUAUUCAAUACAUUGCGCAACCACCAUUAAUUCCGCCACCACCAAUGUUUUCUAAUAUCCCGCGGAGAGAUAGCCAAAGCGGUAUAGGAAAGUCUGUCUUACCUCCAUCAGUUGCACGACGUAUUUCAGCAAAUCAUCCAGUGAUUAAACCGCAGACUUCACAAACCACAUUCGAUACUGGUAACAUUUUUGUACCGUCAAUUGAUAAUGCUCAAGAAAAUCAGCAAUUGACUGAACACGCGAUUAAUGAGCCGCACUCGUUUCAUUCAACUUCUGGAGUAGCCUUGACUGGAAUUCAACCGACACAUAAUCCAUCGUUCAUGCAACCGCAAGCGUCUAUAUUUCCUUUAAGUUCUUCAAGUCAAGCUGCAAUUUCCACAAUUUUGCCUCCUACACCAACUAAACCAAGAACAGCAGACACAACUCAAAUAGACUUUCAAGCAACGAAUAGUUCUUUUGUGCCAACAGCAAGUUUACCCCAAGCAACUUCCAGUUUUCCAGUUGACUUGCCUCCUCCACCGAAGAAGCCAAUAGCACCACCUUCAAGAUUUACGUCAAAAUCAGCUACGAGCGCCUUUCAAUCUACAUCCAAAUCAGCAAAUUUACCACCACCACCAACAAACAUAUUUACGCCAGAUUUUUCUGCAGAUGCUUUUCAACCAACCUCUGCUUUUGCUGCAAACAUUCAAAAAUCAAGUGAUGCCGAUGUGCCUCUACCACCAACUGGUAUUAUAAAUCAAGUUCCGUCAGUUAGUUACCCUCUUGAUCUGCAGAAUGUGACAUCUCACGCAAUGACAACUACUACAAUAACUGCUCCACCAAUGAAUAUUUUCCACCCGUCUCCAAUUUCAUUAAGUAAUCCAUCACCAGAUUUAACACCACGGCCUGCAAUGGCUGCAAUGAAUACAACCGAUGCAAUACCAGCUAUCGAGACAAGCACGCAAGCAACGGUAUCAAAUGUUCCGCCGACAUUCUUUAACUCAAACACAGUGCAAGUGCAAAACGUACAAAAUAUUACACAACCGAAUAUAAAUAGUUUAUUUACUCCCGCACCAGAACCAGAACCACCAAAACCGGUGGCAGAACCUCCAAAAAUAUCAGGAAAUUUGAACUACAGAAUGACGAAAAAGAGGCCUCAGUAUUAUUCAGGUCCCAUUGAAGGAGUUGGAUCUAUAAGUAAUAAUGUAAAGCCUACAUUACAAUCCACAGUCAAUCCUGGAAAUUUUCACGGUGCUUUAUUUAUGCCCGAUCAAAAUCAAGAGUUAGUAGCUCCUACCUGUGAACAUACUCAAAUGUCACCCAAUAUUGAGCAUACUAAUAUACCACAAUCGUAUCAUCCAGUCGAUAUAAGCAAGACAACUGAACAAUCCUUUGAAACUAAUUAUAGUACUGCUUUCGAUCUAAGCAGACAAACCACAGAGGCUUAUGAACCACCUAAACAGGAAACCAAAGGAUUUGGCAUUAUUGGUUCUUUGAAAUCCAAACUUGGUUCGUUAGAUAUUAAUAAGAUUCAAAAUAGCGUGACUACCUUUUUUGAUCCGGAUUAUAACAGUGCCAAAAAGGAAGAUGAUUCUCAUAAACAAUAUGGAAGUCAGUCUAAUCCGGCAGUUUUUACUCAACAAGAUAAUUUAGGGAUAUGCAUAGAUCAAAAUUCUCAAACAUAUCCUCAUUACAAUUAUCAAAUGAAUUAUCAGAGUCAACCAAACAGCUAUGGAGAAAACAAUCAGUAUUAUAAUACUCAUGAAUAUUUUUAUCAAAAUCAGACUCAGAUGUAUCCAAGUUGUACUGAUUUUACACAAGUUUUUAGUCAACAAAAUUAUCAAUCAGCAAUUGAAAAUGCUGAAAAUGUGAUUGAAACUGGAAAUAUUUACCACGAAAGUAUAGACAGUAGUGCAUCGGGAGAAUCGAAGAUUACAAGUGAUGCUCAAGUUGCUACUCAAACUCAUUGCCGAGAUGUUGAAGAAAAUGACAAUGUUUUAAGUGCUAAUAGUUCCGGUCAAGCUCUCAUUCAAAGCGUCAGUUUUGGCGAAACUAAUUUAUUUUCUAAACAAUUUUUAGACAAUAAUAUCUCAAUACCAGAUUUGAUUCCGAAACUUGAAGGAUUGGACUUGCAUUCGAACGUAGUCUCAUCAGAAGGAGAUAUACAAGAAAAAUUAGUAAGAGAAAAAGGGCUAACAGAUUUACACAGGCAUGAAGUCCCUUUGAGUGAACAAUUAGAUGUCAAUAAUACGGAAACGUCUGAUAUUUCCAUUGCCAGUUUUCAGUUUGAUGAUAACUCAAAUAGGACAGAAAUACAUCAGUCCAUUUGCCCACCGAUAUUUCCUGAUAACACAUUAGAAUCUGAGCCAAACGUAUCAGGAAAUCGUCAAGAAACUGAAAGUGUAAAAUUAGAAAAUGCCUUUGCAAAUUACAUCUUUGAUACAGACAGCAAUGAUAAGGACUUUUUUAACAAACAACAUUUAGAAAAGGAUACCGCCACUGGAUCCUUUCCUACAAACGUAUCUUCAGUACCCUUAUUUGAUUUAUCUUCCAUGAUUGCUGAUAGAUCUAAAGCUGUCGAAGAAUUAAAUGAUGAGACGACAAAUGAAGCAAAUGUAUUUGAUCGAGAUGCAAGCGUAAGUUUCAGUGAAAAUGAUCUAGAAAAUAAACCUCUCCAUGAAGAUAGUCAAGAAGAAAAUAAUAUAUCCGAUUUUAAUAUUUGCGAAACUUGCAGAGAAGUAACUAAACCCGAAAUCGAAGAUGAAAAGGAAGUUGAAGAUUUGACAACACAAUUGAUAGAAAAUAUCAUAGCUCCUAUCCAACUAUCAAAUCCUGUCGAAGUGCCUUUAACAGAAGUUAAUACUCCAGUAGAUGAUAGAAUUAUUUUCGACUCUGACCAAUGCGCUGCAAUCUCACACAUAACCGAAGAAACAAUGGAAACCAUUCACGGACAAUCCGCUACCAAGCUUAUAGAGAAUGACAGGUCCGAAAAAAAUACUAGAAGUUAUGGUUGGUGUGCAGAUAACACUAGUGUUAUGUCGAAAGACCUCUCUGGUCCUGAUUAUACAUUUCAGAUGAAUACAAAUGCUAUUGGCUUCUUCGGUGAUAAUUCUAUGUUCUUCGAUGAUAUUCCAUGUAAUGCUAGUGAUGAAAUUAAAGCAGAAUUCAAAAUUUCUCAAGAUGAUACCAAUGCUACUGUUGUUCUACCAAGGCAGAUGAGCAUACCUACAGCACCGCCAGCCCAAGAUGAUGAUUCCAAAUCUGACGAAAAUGGUGGUUUAGAUGUACAUUCUAUUGAACAAGAUGCAAAAAACGAUUUUCCAAUAUUUGAAGAAUUCGUUAUAGAUCCUUCAGAAACAGAUGACGACAAAAUUGAAAUAAAAGAGAGGGAAAGAAGUUCCGAUGAUCCUAUACCUAACGCAGAUACAUUUACUAACAGAGUGGAAAGAUUUAAACAGAUGGAAGAAAAUAUUGACAUAAAUGACGAUGUAUUUGAUAUGCAGAAAAAAAUUGAAAUUGUUACUUCCAAUAGUCCGGCUAUAACUAUUGCUUCGUAUUUUGAUACUGGAAACUAUGCAGCAGAGACACAUUAUAAGAAUUCUAUGUCAUCUUCAUCGCCCUUCAGCCAAAUAAAUGUUUGCUCUCCAAGUAUAACGACACGCAUUCCCCCUGGAUUUGAAAGCGAAUAUCAGAGACGUUUAAGCGGAAUAUCUUCGGAUUCGACAGGACAGAUCAAAAAUGAACCUUGUAUACCAGACUGCACGACUCAAACUAAAGUAACAUCUACAACAACUUUCAGUACAGUACACAAUACCAUUCAAGAUACUUUCCCAAAAAUUAUAGAGCAGACUGCUUUGUUCUCGAAGUUGGAUUUAAAAGAGCAGACACAAGAAUCAAGUCCAGAGAAGUUACCUCCUUUCGCUUCAAUAUUUGGUGUAAACAAAGAUAUCGAUGAUCAUUCUGUGUCAUCAGUGUCUAAAACGGAAGAAGCAAACACACAAAUGUCUUCUUUUUUGGGGUUACACCCAGUUAAACUGGAGGGCGGUGACGCAGCAUCGAUUUUUGCCGAUAAACCCCCGCUAGCUGAAUCGUUACCAGAUCCCUUAAGCUUCUUUACAUCUAAAGAGGAGCCUAAAGAAGAAACAGACAAUAGUUUCAAUAGACUAGCUAGUUAUUUCUCGACACCAACAAAAACGGACCCAGCGAAGUCUUUUUUUGAGUUGAGCCAAAGUCAAAACCAUUACAGACAUGCUUCUAGUGUAGAAAGCGCUGGAAAAAUUAAUAUAAGUCCAAACCAUAAUAAAGUCAUUCCAAAUACUAACCUAAUAAAUGAUUUGUCGUCGAUUCAGAAUAUUGUAAAUGACCAAGUAGUUAGAACAGUAAAUUACUUCACAGUAGUGUACGAUAGUAACAUUAAUAUAGACAAAAUGAAACUAACCGAGCCCAAAUACUGUAAAGACGAUUUAGACGAAAUUUUACAUAAAGAUUAUUCAGAAGUAGAGGAAAAGUAUAAUGACGAUGUAAUAAAAGAAGUUAAAAGUUGUAACGAUUGCUGUAACAUUACAAAAGAAUACAAAAAACUGUACAGGCGCGUUAUGGAUAAUGAUAAUUCAGAUAAAAGGCCAGAUAAAAUGAAUAUUACGGAAGGUAAAAAUAGUAAACGUGACAAGAAGGAGGGGUCAGUGAAGUUAGAACAAGACGACGAAGCGAACGAUGAAGUCAGCAUGCUUACUGAGAGCCGUCCAUCGGUUGAGUACACCCCAGUGCGUCACCACUGGUUCUACCGGGUUGAUCAGGAGUCCAAGUCUCUGUGGCGGGGAUUCUCAUCGUCCGACUCUAAAGCUCUGGAGGAAGCUUUUAACAGCCCCAACCUGAACGAGAACACACUAGUGCCGACAGAUGGCGGUCGCUAUGACGUCAACGUUAUUGGCAGGCUCCGAAUAGCGGUGUACUGGUCUGAUAAACCCACGAAUGUUAGGAGGUGCAGUUGGUUUUACAAAGGGAACACGGACGCGAGAUAUGUGCCUUAUCCGGAGACGAUUGCAGAGAAACUGGAGGAGGAAUAUCGCCACGGCAUGACGACCGGCGAAUGGCAUCGACGACUGGUCCUACCGAACAACGAAUUGGUCGUGAUGCAUGGACCCGCAGUUAUGGUUCACCUACUGCAGGCCAACACUGACGGCUUCGGUUCUACUCCGCUAUUCAGUUUCGGCAAGAGAGUGUACAGGAACCCGCCAAAGAUACGCGUGUGCCGUGACCAAAGAGCAGUCAUAGACCAUCUGAUCUUCCUUGUCCAUGGCGCUGGAGAAUACGAGAGCAAAAAGCAGCAAGAAAAAUAUCAAUCGGCAAUGCGCCCGCGCGUCGUCCGUCGCGGCUGGGACGAGUCGGAAAUAGAAGACACGGAACCUUCUAACAUUGAUCACCUUUUGCUCUUGUGUCAUGGCGUCGGUUCCGCUUGCGACAUGCGCUUCCGGUCUGUGGAGGAAGUCGUGAACGACUUCAGAUCGACAAGCCUUCAAUUAUUGCAGUCACAUUACAGAAAUUCGUAUGAAAACGGAAUUGUUAAUAGAGUCGAGGUGCUGCCGAUCUCGUGGCACGGCAGCCUCCACUCGGGCGAGACGGGCGUGGACCGCCGCCUGGCCGAGAUCACGCUCGACAGCAUCCCCAGACUGAGAAACUUCACAAAUGACACUGUACUAGAUGUGCUGUUUUAUACUAGCCCUUUGUACUGUCAGACGAUAGUGAAUACUGUGUGCGCCGAGCUCAACCGCAUAUACCGCCUAUUCAAAUCUCGCAACCCAUCGUAUCGGGGCACGGUGUCGCUCGGGGGCCAUUCCCUUGGCAGCGUCAUACUCUACGAUCUGCUGUGUCAUCAGAAUUCGGGGCAGUGCCCGUCCAAGCGGCUGGUGGGGGGCGGGGCCCCGGGGGGCGAGUGCUCGCCGCCCAUCUGCUACCCCAAGCUGGACUUCAGCCCCGCCGCGCUCUACGCCCUGGGCAGCCCUAUCGCGAUGUUCGAGUGCAUUCGCGGCGUGGACUCGCUCGGGGACGACUUCCAGCUGCCGACGUGCACUCAUUUUUUCAACAUCUUCCACCCAUACGACCCAAUCGCUUACAGAAUCGAACCCCUCAUUAACAGGCAGUUAAAAGAUGUGAAGCCGUUCUUGAUACCGCACCACAAGGGCCGGAAGCGGAUGCAUUUGGAACUGAAGGACACGAUGGCCCGAGUCGGCGCAGACCUCAAACAGAAGCUGUUGGAGUCGCUGAAGUCCACCUGGAGCUCCAUGUGGAAGGCCUCGCCGACCGUCGACUCCCAGCUCGAGAAGGUAGUUGAAGAAGGAAUAGAGAAGGAACCAGUAGCAGACGACACGAAAGACGAUGUUGCUCAGGAAGAGGUGACCCCCGAGCUGCUGGGCAAGCUGAACGCGGGCCGGCGUGUGGACUACGUGCUGCAGGAGGCGCCGUUCGAGAUGAUCAACGAGUAUCUGUUCGCUAUGAGCAGCCAUGUUUGUUACUGGACGAAUCGUCUGAACACGGCGCCACGGGGCCGUCGACGAGUAGCGGCAGGACUUGAUGACUCACAUAGCAUAGACAAUGUAACAUGUACACACGUGGAAGUCGGCAAAAACACACCAAUUAUGUAAAGUAUUUUUUUUCUACUUUUUUAACAUAAAAUACUGUUUGUUUAAGUGUUUAAAAAAUGGGAAACGAUCUUGUCAUUUUGACACGUCUUUUUGAUAUAUUGACUUUUAACAUCAAAAUCUUUGC